AUGGAAUCCCUCACGCCCCUCUUUGUCCGUCAGAGGUUCCUCCACCGCAAGCUCGACAUCUACGGCAAGCGCUACGGCGAGCAUAUCAGGACCCUUGACGAGGAUCGCCAAAUUGCUCAGCAGUUCUGCCCUAAAAUGAUGAAAGCGUUCGACCAGCACCAGCGCUUCGAGAUGUUCAGACUGAAGGAACGCAUCGGUGAAAUCAUGGAGAAGAUCGAAGAUGUACAGAAGAAGAUUGAGCAGAAGCUUGAGGAGUUGAGGAGCCUCUGGAUUCUUUAA